AGCUACGGAUAAACAUUGGCGUGCAGAAAACACAUUUCACAACAAUACCGCAUUCCCGUCAGCAGCAUACAACACGUUUUUUUUACUGAGAUUGCACAAAAAGUGGUUAAAUUAUAGACAAAGAAGCUACCCAAACAGUCAGCAACAUGUCUAGCUUUACGUGCCUUAACUGUGGCGUUCGUUUUGCGACCGCCGAAAUGCAGCGAGAGCACUACAAAACCCACUGGCAUCGGUACAACCUGAAGCGCAAGCUGGCCGAACUGCCGCCCGUAACGAUAGAGGAGUUCGAGAAACGGCUUAUCCAGCAGAAAACGGAAGACGCCGCCGCGCAGGAAGACCAGUCGCUGUACUGCAAAGCGUGCCGGAAGGUGUUUAAAACGAAAAACGCUCACGACAACCACCUGGACAGCCGGAAGCACAAGGACAAUCUGCAGCAGUACCUCGCCCAAAGCAAUGGUACGAACGGAGGCCCCAGUGGCUCGGCGCCGGAAGGCACGCGGAUGGACGCGGAGGUGGAAGUAUCGGUAAAGUCGACACGCGCGGCAGCACGAGCCGCAGCAGCGGCCGAAGCCGAGGCGGGAGGCGACGAGGAGAUGGUCGAGGACGGCGACUCGGACGAAUGGGAAGAUGUCGAGUUUGAAAAUCCGAUCGAGCGGAACGAUUGCAUCUUCUGUGCGCACCACAGCGAGGAUCUGCUGGAGAACAUCAAGCACAUGUCGAUCGUCCAUUCGUUCUUCAUCCCGGACGCGGAGUUCUGUGUCGAUGUGGAGGGCUUGCUGACCUACCUGGCGGAAAAGGUGUGCCGGGACUACAUCUGCCUGUGGUGCAACGAGCGGGGCCGAACGUUCUACUCGAUGGAGGCGGUUCGCAGCCACAUGACGGAGAAAGGCCACUGCAAGAUGCUGCACGAGGGUGGUGCACUGGCCGAGUACGUCGAUUUCUACGACUACAGUAGCAGCUACCCGGAUCACGAGGAGGGCAUGGACGUGGACGCGGAACUCGACCCUUCGAACGCGUUGGAUGGCGACGAGUUCCAGCUCGUGCUGCCGUCCGGUAACGUGAUAGGGCACCGGUCACUGCUCCGCUACUACAAGCAGCGCAUCAAUCCGAACCGAGCCGUUGUGGUGAAAAAAUCGACCCAGAAGCUGCACAAGGUGCUGGCACAGUACCGGUCGCUCGGAUGGACCUCGACGCAGCAGGAGGCGGCGGCACGGAACGCGCGCGAUAUGCACGUCAUGAAGCGGCAGCAAGCUAAGCUCAUGCAGCAGGUCGGCGUGAAGGCGAACAAGCUGCAGCACCACUAUCGUCCACAGGUUAACUUCUAGAACACACACAGGUUGCGAUUGCGAAAUAAAGAGUACACUUACAUCAGGAAGCAGGAAA